AUGAAGCCUUCACCAACGCUCUUCGCCCAACUCCGCAAACCUUCAAUUCACUUUAUCGGAAAACGCUCCUUACCUUCCACGCGACACGCCGCACAACCACACCCAUACGCUCCUCCCGAGUUCCAACGAGUAUUCACUCCUGCUCCUCAAGGCUCCAGCGCCAGCACCUCAAGUUCCCCAAGCUCAUCAUCGCCGUCGUCAGGAUCCGACAGUGACGUCCCCGUGUACACCCACUUCUGGGAGGCACCGUCCAAGUACUGGAAGUCCCGAGUUAACACCCUCGAGGAUAGAGAAAUGGACGCUAUCAUGAGCGGAGGAGCUUCAUCAACUUGGUAG